CACCCCUCUUACUCUCACUCACACCGUCAUGGCGCCUGCGAGGCCUCCCUUUGUCUGCCUGCAGUGCAAAAUGACCUCCUCUCGAUCUCCUGUCUCCGCAAUCCUCCGUCGUGCCUUUUCCUCCUCAUCUCGUCGUCCCGAGUCAAUUCGACCCGCAACGGCGCCGAAACCCACCCCCGAUAUCAAGCACAUUCGCCAACACGCAGAACUAUACUCCAGGAACAGCGUCGAUCGCAACUACUCCGCGCAUGCCGAUUACCCGGGCCAAAUCUUACAGCUGUCCGAGGAGGCCCGCCGUCUCGAUCACGACCUCAACGCUCCGCGCAGCCGUAUCAAGCAAUUGGAGAAGGCCAUCGGCAGAUUGGCAAACGCUGCUCGACAACAGCUACAACAGGGAACCGAGGGGAAGGAAAACGAUGGGAAACAACAGAAUGAACUUGCAUCCCUCCGUGCGGAAGCUCAGAAAUUGAAGGAUCAAUCGCUCACGAUGACCACGCGACGGACCACCUGCACGGACGAGAUUCACCGGCUCGCCCUCUCGCUUCCCAACCUGUCCAGCGCAGAUACCCCGGUCGGAACCGAACCCACGCUCGUCGAAUACCUCAAUUUCAACCCGGACGCCCCGCCAGACUGGGUCCGGCAUCCUGACCCCACCCGCUCACACGUCGCGAUCGGCACCUCGCUCGGCCUGAUCGAUUUCACCAGCUCCGCAACGACCACCGGCUGGGGCUGGUACUUCCUCACGAACGAGGGCGCGCUCAUGGAACAGGCCCUGAUCCAGUACGCCCUCAGCGUAGCCCGCAAGCACGGCUGGAAACCGGUGUCACCGCCCUCAAUCGUCUACUCCUACAUCGCCGAAGCAUGCGGUUUCCAGCCCCGCGACCAGCACAACGAGCAACAGAUCUGGUCCAUCGAGCAGAGCGACAAAGACAAGUCCAAACCGCAGCGGUCGCUAACCGGCACCGCCGAGAUCCCACUAGCCGCCAUGCACGCAGGGCGCGACUUCGACGCCGCCGACCUCCCCGUCAAGCUGGUAGGCCCAAGUCGCUGUUAUCGCGCCGAGGCCGGAUCCCGAGGCGUGGACACUAAGGGUCUUUACCGCGUGCACGAAUUCACCAAGGUCGAAAUGUUCGGCUGGGCCGACAACGUCGCCGCCGCAGAGGGCAAGGCGCCCGGGAACAACCCCACCUCAGACGACCUCUUCGCCGACCUCCUCGCCAUCCAAACCGAGAUCCUCACUUCCCUGGGCCUCCCGUGUCGCGUGCUCGAGAUGCCCACCACAGACCUAGGCGCCAGCGCCAGCCGCAAGCGCGACAUCGAGGCCCUCUUCCCCUCGCGCCUGCGCUCUUCUUCUUCCCCCUCCGAGGUUCCCGACCUCGACUCCGCAUGGGGCGAGGUCACGUCCGCCUCCAUCUGCACGGAUUACCAGAGUCGACGACUGGGGACGCGCGUGCGCGGCGGCUCAGCCAAGGACUCUCGAUUCCCGCACACGGUCAACGGCACGGCGAUGGCCGUCCCGCGCGUUCUGGCUGCCAUUCUCGAGAAUGGGUGGGAUGUGGAGCGCAAGGUGGUGGUUGUUCCGGAGGCGUUGCGAUCGUGGAUGGGCGGUAUAGAUGUGAUUGGGAAGAAUUAGGGGAUAGCACUUCCACUGACAAGUAUACUGUAUAUCCGAGUAGAUGAUGUGUAUGUAUGUAUAUUAUAGUUACGAUCGAUGUCGAUGUACAGAAUUCUUCAUUUACACAGGAGCGUUUACCACGUUU